AUGCCACCCAGACAGACCACGCCCACCCUGCCCAAGAACUGGCCCAAAGACAUUCUCUAUCUCGAUAAACUCCACAUUCCGUCUCCUCUAUCGUCGGAGCUGCUCCAAAGAACCACGAUCCCAUCUGAUUCACUCCCCGUAAUUCCCGCUUCAGCACCCACGUCGCCGUCCCCGCUGGUCCAAAUAAAGCCCGUCGCCGACCCCUCCCACCCAGCGUACCGACAGCACGGGCUGUUCGCGGCGCGCGCCCUGGCCCCGUCGUCAUUCGUGAUCCUCUACCUCGGCACGCUGCACACGUCGUCGUCCGAGUCAGCUUCGACAUCGGACUACGACCUCAGCCUCGACCGCGAGCUGGACCUCGCCAUCGACGCCGCGCAGUGUGGCAACGAGGCGCGCUUCAUCAACGACUACCGCGGCAUCCGACUCGAGGGCCCCAAUGCCGAGUUCCGCGACUGUUGGGUCGAGAUGCUUCCACCAACCCCCCGCGGCGGCGAGGCCAGAUGGGAGAGGCGGAUCGGCGUGUUCGUGCUGAGUGCCGGCAAAGCCAACCGGAAGGACGGCGGGAAGCAGAGGGCGAGGGGGAUCGCAAAGGGCGAGGAGAUCGUGGUUAGCUAUGGCAAGGGAUUCUGGAGGGCGAGGCAGCAGGAAGAGGAAUUGGGUCACUGA